CUGCACUGUUACGUCAAAAUAAAGUAGUGAAAAGGUGCAAAUUGCGUGCGAGUUAAAUAAAAACUAUUUGCCAGGCCGGAAAACGCGUUUCCAUCGGGAUCUUUGAGCGGCCCAGUUGUUGCGGAACAUGAGGAUACUGGCGGAACCGGAAGGUAGUGGCGGCCUGGCCGUAUGACCUUUGCGAGCAGAGCUUGAGUCCCGGAUAUAUCCCGCAAGUAGUGUGACCCACAGGCAAACUGGGGUCAUCCAAAACAGACCUCGACCUCCAGUGACUGCAAAACCGCAUUGCUGCUUCAGCCACCGAAAUUCCCGUUCAAGUUCAAGCCGAGCCGACCUCACCUUCGUGAGCGAUCGUUUCCACCACAGUCGGAAGGUGGGAUACCCACCACACCUGACCGCGCGCACGCGCAUCGAUUCAAAAAUCCAGAAAAAGCGAAAACACUUCGCUGGAGCUGCUGAAGCCAAACGCAAGCAAACCGCGCUUCGCCGUCGCCUCGAAAAUCGCCAGUCCAUCUACACCCCGAAAUCGCCACGCAAUCGCGCGUUUCUAAAAUCCUGCGAGCCUGCAAAAAAAAAAAACAUAACCAAAAACCCACUAUAAUGCUGUUCACCUGUUGAAUUCUGUGCCUGUGUCUCGAUCAAGAAGCUGCACCCAUCCUACCCUUCCCACAACAAAAACCAUCGAAUAAGCCCUGCUGCACUAAAAUCCUCACAAUCAAACCCACAAAAUGGCCUGCUUGAGCACUUCCGGUCGCGUCGUCUGCGGCUCCCGUCGCCAGCAGACGCACAAGCUGCUCUACCAGCUAUUCGGAUCCCGGCCAGGAUAUACAGCCCCAUCCACCGCGACCGGAUUAUUCAGUCCGCCCAAAGUCCAACAGCAGGCCAUGCGACUCUGCCACGGAUUAAGCUUCAGCUUGGGCAAGGAUUACCCCGAUCUGCUGCAAAGCUCCCACAAGUGCAGCCAAACGCUGCAGUACUCCCAAAGUUCCAAGGCGAAUCUGAGGCAGCACAGCUCGGUCCACACACAACAGCCAGCCGGUCCUGUGAGGGAGUUCCAGAUCGAUCCCUACAUCAUACUCGACGACGACCUCAAGUACUUCUACGACGAUGUGAGAUAUCUGCUGAAAUCGGGCACAUCCCAGCCAGAGUUGGACACCAUCGCCAGCUAUUAUUUCGAUGGCCAGGGGAAGGCUCUGCGACCCAUGGUUACCAUGCUGAUGGCCAAGGCGAUAAACUACCACCUGAACAACGAGUCACACCAAUUAGUACACAAACAGCGACAGAUCGCCCUCUUUUCGGAGAUGGUGCACUCGGCCAGCUUGGUCCACGACGAUGUCAUCGAUCAGUCGGACUUCCGACGCGGCAAGCCCAGCGUGAAUGCUCUUUGGAACCACAAAAAGGUCACAAUGGCUGGUGAUUAUAUCUUAUCGAUUGCCUCGAUUAUGAUAGCUCGUCUGCGCAGCGAUGAUGUGACGAUCGUGCUGAGUCAGAUCUUGACCGAUUUGGUCCAAGGCGAGUUCAUGCAGCUGGGCUCAAGGGAGACGGAGAACGAGCGCUUCGCCCAUUACCUGACCAAGACGUACAGGAAGACCGCAUCGCUGAUCGCCAACGCACUGAAGGCGACCGCCGUGAUUGCCCAGGCCGACGACAACGUGGCCGAGGUGGCCUUCCAGUACGGACGCAACAUCGGCUUGGCCUUUCAGCUGGUCGACGACAUGCUGGACUUCGUCUCCUCCACCGAGCAGAUGGGCAAGCCGACGGCGGCAGAUCUGAAACUGGGUCUGGCCACCGCCCCCGUCCUCUUUGCAUGCGAAAAGUACCCCGAGCUGAAUCCCAUGGUGAUGCGGCGCUUCAGCGAGCCCGGCGACGUGGAGCGAGCCUUCGAGCUGGUGCACAAGUCGCACGGUCUGGAACAGACCCGGUUCCUGGCCAAGAAGCACUGCAACGAGGCGAUACGGCUGGCCCAGGAGCUCACGGAGUCGCCCUACCAGAAGGGCCUCCAGGUGGUCGCCGACUUAGUCAUCAACCGCAUGAAGUAGAGCCGCACCCGUGCACCCUAACAUAAUAUUACCUACCAUACCCGUAAUGCAAUAAUAAUAAUAAUAAUAAUAAUAGUGUUAUGUAGGCCCCUCGAUGUUGGAUUAAGUUCUAUUCGGCCGGCGGGCUACUUUGUAAACAAGAAUUAUUAUUUAGUUUUUAGGCAUUUGUUGUUGACACUGUAAAUAAUUGCAUAAAGAACCUAAUCAACACACACUAAACGGCAACGUUCGCUGUACAUACAUAAUUACGAGAUGUUCAAUGAAUUUUUGACAAAUUUUAUAUGCAAUGUUUUUCGACAAAUUUAUUUAUAUGUACGAGUAUAGAGAGCGAAAUAUGAGCCAAAAGCCAACAAUAAGAGAAACGAGAAAAUUGUACAAACAUUUCUUCAACUAAACGAAUUGAAAUGGGUUGCCAGCCGAGCACCAAAUGAGGUAUCUAAGGAAUAUAAAGGAAAAUGUUUAUUAGUCAAUGCAACAAAGGAAGUGUGUAGAGUGUGUAGAGCGAUAUUUUUAGUACGAAGCACGAGGAGCAUAAUUGGUUUAUUUUAUAUUAAUCUUGAUUUAGGGCAUUUCAUGCCUAAAUGGUUCAAUGGUCAUUGCCUGCACUCUGUUUAAAAUCCCUUCUGACCGCACAAACAUGUAAUCAAGUGGAAAGCCCGUAGCUUAGCUGGAAUAAAUAAAAUAUUUUGAACCAUUCGCGCAUGAAAUGCAUAUUGUAAUAUGUUCUAUAAGAAAUGUAAUGAGGAUUGUACGUGGAACAAUGCUGCCCAGUCUUAAUUUUAAAUCUUUCUUCUCCGCCUCUAUUGCAAUAGUAAUUAAAAAACAUUUGAAACGAAAUCAAACCGCAUACCCCAUUUCGAAAUGUUCUAAAACUCUUUUUAGUCUAAGUUUUUAUUUUAAUUUAUGAACAAAACCUCACUUAAGUUAGUCAGCGAAAUUCGUUUUUUUUUUGUCCGUUUAGUUUUGAUGAAAAAUCCUUGGGCUCCUUUACAGCCCGCUCUACACUAAAAGAAAGGUAAAUGAAAGAUAAAAUACAGAAAUUUGCUGGCGAGUUGAUCAAUUCAAUAGGGUGCUGAAGAAGAUGUACCCACAUAUUUUAGAGUGCGAACGACAAAAUAAUGAUACAGAUGUUGAUAUUGAUACUUGUAAUUACGAUAUUUGUACACAUAAAGACAUGAAUAAAAAUUCGAUUUUGUAAAACAAA